AUGCGGGCCGUCGAGUUGGAGCUGGGACUCCUGGGAGCUGGGUCGUGUCCGGCAUCGAACAAGGGUGCCAAAGGGUGCGCUAGAGCAUCCGGUACAGCACUGUACGCACACCCUUGCCUGCAGCAUGAUGAUUUGCGCAAUGUUUCGUCGCCGCAGGAGUGCUACGACGAGCGUCCGCCAGCGCCAGCGCCAGCCAGCGCCAUCCCGACCCGACCACUUGCAGGAUCCAUCCACCCGCAGCAACUCGAUGCACGUCCGACGCCAUUACAUUGCUGGGUCUUGGUCUACCUUCAACAGGCCUUGAGUAGCCUUGAGCAGCCUUGA